AUGAUCCUGUCAGCAUUCCUGUGUUUGUUCCUGUUCUCUCUUACAACUGCUCAAGUGAUUGAAAGCUCUGAAAAGGCUAGAGAAUUGAAUUACUAUAUAUUGGUGAAUUAUCAAGGAAAAGCUCAAAACGACUUCCCUGUGCUUGAGAAAAGACUCGAAGGCGCUACGUUAGCAUGUGAACAGAAAAUUAACAGAACUAUUGAUACCUGUUUGAAAUGCAUUGAAACCAACCAGAAUUCUGGUGGAGGGAAAGGACCACGUUUGGAUCAACUGAUUGUUGGUGUUAUCCCAUCACCCCUUGUAAAUGGUUUGGGAAAGUUCGCAAAUGAUUUUAAAACCACAUUCGAAAAGGAUGUUCCAAAGUUUUUCACAGGAACAAUUCCAAAGACUGUGAACAACGUUGGAAAGGAGAUCGAUAAAUUCUUCACAGGAACAAUACCCGGUGCAACUAAAAUUGCUGGAAAGAAUAUCGGCACGUUCUUUACGGGAACAUUACCAGGGGCGACCAAAACGGUUGGCAAGCAUUUGGAUACAUUUUUCACUGGCACAUUACCUGGUGCGACUAAAACGGUUGGAAAGCAUUUGGAUACAUUUUUCACUGGCACAAUACCGAAUGUAGGAAAAGAUAUCAAGAAUGGUUUCGAAUCACUUGGCAAUAAAAUUGCAGGAAUCUUUGGACGUAGGAGAAGAGCGGCACAUCCAUGCCCUUCCUGUGAUAGGAUCAACACUGAUUCAAAAUCUGCUGAUCAAAUCCGAAGGGAUGUUUGUGGUAAUUCCCUUUUCAACGUCUUCGACGAAUACACCAAUACAGUGAACAUCUUCGACUGGCUGAAGGAGGGCAACUUGAUUGUUUCCAAGGUGUCCUUCAAGGUAGGAGAUAAGCUCCAAAUACCUCCUAGCAAAGAAUAUGCCAAACCUUUUACCGUUACCUACAGUAUCGGGGCUGGUGAUACUCCUAAGAAUUACAAAAACACAACCACAUACUUAGACGUCACAGACUACAACAAUGAAGAAUUUGGCUUGUUCCUUGCUGAGAAAAUCUGGAAUGAGUAUGUUUUUGGACAGUAA